AUGGCAGCCGCAGAAAGUUUUUCAGGAUCCGUCCUAGGCCAUCAUCACAUAACUCACCACCAUCACCAUAUCAGACGCCACCGUGUACCCUCGGGUGGGGAGGAGAUGGAGGAGGAGGAGUUAGACCCACGGAUCCAGGUGGAGUUAGAAAAGUUGAACAGGUCAAGUGAAGAAAUCAACAGACUUGAAUUGGAGUUGGAUGAUGCAAGGGCAGCAUUUCGCCAGGUUUUGUCAGAUUCAACUCAGCGUCUGAAUGGUCUGGCCAAGAAACUAGGAGCCUGUGUUGACAAAGCAAGACCUUAUUAUGAUGCUAGGAUGAGACUCAAGGAGGCACAUUUGGACAGCCAGAAAGCUGCAGUAAGGUUUGAGCGUGCCUGCAGUAUGCAUGAGGCUGCUAAAGAAAUGGUCCAACUGGCUGAGGAGGGGUACAAGAGAAGAGAAGUUGAUCUUGAUCCAACUUGGCAGGAGAUGCUAAAUCAUGCAACUAUGAAGUUGAAUGUGCUCUGUUCAUCAUUAGGUAAUGAUGCUGAAAGAGAGCGGAUGGAGAGUGAGGAUUUUCAUCAAAAAACUACAUUGAACUUUAAACGCAGAGAGGAGGAAGUGCAGAAACUCCAGAAAGACCUCAAAAGAGCCAUCACAAAAUCUAAGCCAUACUUUGAAAUGAAAGCAAAGUUUAAUCAAGUAAUGGAAGAUCACAAGAAAACAGUCAGUCGAUUAGAAGAAGAUGUAGCCACCUCCAAGGCCCUGUACUCUCAGGCACUGCGCUGUCUGGAAGCAAUUAGUGAUGACAUUCAUAGGCAGAGGCUUGAGAGAAGACAGAAGUUACAGCUUGGAGUCAGAGCACCAGGAGUCGGAGCUGAGGCACCUUCGCCUCCUCCAUCAUGGGAAAAAG